UGCAUAUAAAUAAAUUAUGAUAAUUUUAUUUAUAAGUAAAUAAAUAAAAACAGCUGUCCAAGGCCCUUAUCUGAUCCGCCAGGAGGCAAAGAGCGGGAAAGGGAUCAUAGAGGAUGAAAUUCAGCGCGAAGGCGUGGAGCCAGGGCGGCGCCGCCCGGGCCGGCGUGCUGCAGGUCGGCGGCUUCUCGACGGAGACUCCCGCUCUCCUCCUCCAUACUCGUAAGGGCCUUCCCGCUUUCAUCACCCCCGACCUUCUCUCCGAUCUACCUACUCCUGAUUCUCGCCUCCUUCAAUUCAGCCCCCUUCACUUAUAUGCCUUUAUAUAUCCGUUCCUCGUUCUUUCGGUUAUACUCGAGUUCUACUCUGGUUUCCACUUCAGAUCUUUUUCUACUCUGGUUUCCACUUCAGAUCUUUAUGCUGCGGAUAAAUUGUCUCCCUCACAUGCGUGUGUGCGUGUCUGUGUUUCCAGCUGGGAAGGCAUCUCUCUCAAAACCAUAUCCGAUUUGGGGGGCCUGCACAAGAUGGUGGGUUUGGAUGAACACGCGUUUGUGGCUGUUCCGAGGGAUUCAGUUAUAUCCCUACCAGAUUAUCAGAGCACGAACAAGAUUGGAGCUUCUUUCGAGACCCCUUCCGGUCGGCUUCUGAUGAAACCGAUGCAGUAUGUGGAGAUGAUAUCCUCAAUGAAACCCAAUAUGUGGGCCACUUUGGCAGACGAAGUGCCUACUUGGGUUUCUCAGAAGAGAAACAGGGCGUCGGUCGAUCGUACUGUGAGGUGGCUCGAUGAUUGCUUAAAAUCAGCUUUCACUAACAAUACAGGUGGAGCAGUCUUUGGGUCCAUUGUAGGAGGCUCUAAUAUUGAAGAACGGAAACGCUGUGCACAAGAAGUUGCAAAGAGAAACGUGUCAGGUUUUUAUUUAGGUGGCUUUGGGGUUGGAGAGAGUAUGGACGAACGCCCUUCUGUUCUCAGUGCUAUUACCAGGCUGCCUGCAUUGGACAUUGUGUCAUGGUUUUACUGCAAGUACUACGAUCAGAAGUUUGAUGUAGAAGAGCUUAUAGAGAAAGUGAAGGAAAUAUUACCAGAGGAUAAGCCACGCCAGAUAUGUGGUCUUGGACUUCCAGAAGAAGUCUUGCAAGGUGUUGCUGCUGGUGUUGAUUUAUUUGACUCAACCAAAAAAACUGAAACAAACUCAGGAAUGCAUGACAGAUAUAUAUACCAUCUUACACUCGGAGCCUUUGCUCUUACAUUCCCUCUAGAGGAAAAUGGGAGACAUAAUAGCUAUGUUGAUCAGCUGUGUGAUGCUGGUAACGAUGGCACGAAGAUCAAUUUAAGAGCAACCAUUUACAGGAAAGACAUGUCACCAAUUCUCGAUGGCUGUAAGUGCUACACAUGUCAGAAUCACACGAAGGCUUAUAUAAACCAUUUGUUUAACGUUCAUGAGAUGCUGGCUCAUAUUCUGUUAGAAAUCCAUAACACGCAUCACUAUCUAGGAUUCUUCCGUGCGAUUAGAGAAGCAAUUAAAAGAGGCGCGUUUGAGGAAUUUCACCUAAAUUUUGUGCGAAAUAGACGUGACCAUAUUCUUGACACAGCUUUUAACUCCUGAUAAAUAUGCACACAGCCUGUUGAGGGCACGUUUAAUGGUAACGAAGAGGACCUGAAAGGCUUCUCAUUGAUAUGUUUGAAGAUUAUCUGCAGCAGAGAAUGUUGUGUAAUGGGAUGUGACUGUUGGGACAAACAAACUAUGAAUUUUGCAAUGUUUUCAACUCUUUACAAAAAAAAUUAGAAAUCGACAGAUAAAUUUUGUCCAGUCUGAACUUGUAAAACUCUCCAAACUUGGGGUGUCAUAUUUUGAACUGCAGUAAUAUUGAAAUUUCAAUUUUGUUAUCAUUGAAUGAUCAUCACAGUUUUGUAUUACCAAUGGUAUUAUUCUG